AUGAGCCCUCACCUUCAAGCUGUCGUCAGCGCGAACUUAGGAUUCAGCUUAGAUGUGGCUCAUCAAGUCUUGCAGCUGCUUCUUGAGCUUUGCGCGUCUCUCUUCUGAGCACCCUCAUGGCGGCACAGUUCUGCCCAACAUGUGCAAACCUGCUGAUGGUGGAAAUUGGCCGCAGCUCAAACUCUGCCUUCCGAUGCCGGACGUGCCCCUACAUUUACCAGAUCCGGGAGAAGCUGACCUCGAAGCAGAUGAUCGCGCGGAAGGAAGUAGAUGAUGUCUUGGGCGGCAGUGAGGCAUGGAAAGAUGUCGAGCAAUGUGACGCCCACUGUCCAAAAUGCACCCACUCCAGGGCGUAUUUCAAGCAGAUGCAGACGCGCUCUGCUGAUGAACCCAUGACGACCUUCUACAGGUGCACCCAAUGUGCGCAUAAUUGGAAGGAAGACUAA